AUGGCGCAAAUAAGAGGCACCGCAGGCUACAACUUGGGCCUGAACAAUCAAUUCGGCUCCCAACGGAGCGACAAUGCCACCAACGACCCGAGUCCGCUCGACCAGAUCCGAGAACAGACGAGCAAGAUCGAAGACUGGUUGAACACCAUGGGCGAGCCCCUGAAACCAUACCUGCCCGCCAUCGGUAGAUUCCUCAUCGUUGUGACAUUCCUCGAGGACGCAGUCAGAAUUGUGACACAGUGGGGCGAUCAGCUCACGUUCUUGAGAGAAUUCAGACAUAUCCCCUGGGGCAUCACCCACCUGUUCCUCAUCUUUAAUGUCAUCACUAUGUCGGUCUGCUCAACACUGGUCAUCAUGCGCCGCUACGGCGAGUAUGCAGUGGCCGGCCUGUUGUCAGUCGUGGUUGUCCAAGCUCUCGGCUACGGCCUCAUCUUCGAUCUCAAUUUCUUCCUGCGCAACCUGUCCGUGAUCGGAGGUCUGCUCAUGGUGCUCGGAGACAGCUUCGUGAAGAAGAGGGUGUUUGCCGGUUUACCUACAAUUGACGAGAAGGACAAGAAGAUGUACAUCCAGCUUGGGGGGCGAGUCCUGCUGAUUUUCCUCUUCAUCGGGUUCGUUUUUGCCGGUGAAUGGAGCGUCGGGAGAGUCCUGGUGAGCAUGAUUGGGUUCGUGGCCUGCGUGAUGGUCGUGGUGGGGUUCAAGGCGAAGCUCAGCGCCGUCAUCCUGGUUGUCCUGCUCAGUGUCUUCAACGUGCUCGUCAACAAUUUCUGGACGCUGCACAAGAACCACCCUCACAAGGACUUUGCCAAGUACGACUUUUUCCAAAUUCUGUCAAUCAUGGGUGGUCUGUUGCUACUGGUUAACAUGGGACCCGGUCAACUGAGCGUGGACGAGAAGAAGAAAGUCUACUGA